AUGAUGGACCAUAAUUCGGAUAUCGAUAGGACCCGCCGAGAGGUACUUCAAGAGUUAAUUCACACCGAAGGUGACUAUGUCUCAAUGUUUGGGUUAUUCCGUGAGAGCUAUCUCAAAGUUUUGGCACGGGAAGAGGAGCAUGUUGUAUUUAGAAGCAUGGAAGGGGUAGUGAAGGAGUUGGUUAGGUGGCACCGGCGCAUGGAAUUUGACCUACAGCGUAUUAUGAGGGAACACGACCCAAACAGUGUUGAGACGGCGCUUCGGGUCAGCAAACUUGUCGUCGCAUAUAUGGCUAGAUUAGAGGCGCUUUACCGCAGCUAUAUUUACCAUUUCCGCGCUUCCACCCGUCUAUUUGCGGAAGAAGCAUAUUAUGGCAAAGUCAUGAGUGAGUUGAUGGGCCGUCUCGACCACGGGGUACGGACAUACCAGCGCACGCAAUUUAGUGGUUUAGAAAAACGGCAUCUUUGGCAGAAAGACACUUCAUAUGACUGUCUCAGCCACCUACCGAUUAGCCGUUUGACCAACUAUAAGCUAUUUUUAGAGGUCAUUGGCAAAAAUGUAACGUCGCCUGUAGACAAACGCAGGAUUGCAGGGUACACGCGCAAGGCUUCCGAAAUUAUACACCAAAUCAAUAGCGACAACAGCACUAUGGACCCGGUCAAUGCCGUUAUCCAGAGACGGCUUCGGUUUCCGACCGUUGAGUAUGCUCCAGUGAGCGCUUUUGGACAAUGUCUAUUGGCUGGCUGUCUUAAUGCAAUGUGGGUUCGCCGGCGGUCUUCAUAUGGCUUUGCCGUCACUGCAGAACCUCUAGGCGCUUUUCUCUUCAAGUCUUACUUAAUACUUGCAGAUAUAUGCCAUGAUUGGUGGACAGUCAAACAUUGCGUUCCUAUGGUGCGCUGCAACAUACACGACCUUACGGACGUCAUAAGCGUCAGUGACCGAGACUCUCCCAAACUCAGGGAGGCCAUCUCCGAAGCAACCAGUGGAAGCAACACAGCGCCAGUGGAGGGCACCAUCAUUGAUACAGGAAAUAACCCUCCAAUGGCAUUGAAACUUGAAUUCUAUUUCUACGGACAGUGUUUUGAGCUAACUUUCGCUUUCAGGCAUGCGCAGGAAUACCAAGUUUGGAAGCAAUAUUUAGAAACAGUCAAGGAGCUAAAUGGGCCAUCUGUUUCCGAUUUCGAACAGCUUACCGAUAUUGGGGAGUCAACAAUGGUCCCCAGAGAUAUGGUUCCACGGACCACGGUUGCUAGUCGUUGUCCAAAGGUUAACGAGUUGCAUAAUCUAACAAAUGCACAGCGUGAUAUGCUAAAGCAUUCCCCCUCCGAUUACUAUGGGGAAAAUUCCAUUCAAAUCAAUGUCAGCUUCUCGGGCUCCCAGAGAACCCAGCAAAAGUAUCAGACGCUAUCACGCAACAAAUCAGAUUCGAAUUCAUAUUCUGCAAAGUUUGAUAGCGGAAGAAGGUUGCAUAUUGAAGCAUUGAUGUUUGACGUCUGGUCGGAUGCAUUGGUUCGCACUCCAUCUUUGGAAUAUAUUAUGACUUCGUAUAGUGACACCAUUACGAGCGUUGCAACCACCAGACCGCCGUCUUCAACCCGAUCAUCAUGGGGAAUGUUCUCCAUACGUUCUGAUAACACAAGGGCUACUUCCAUCCUAGAGCCGACAAAUAACCAAGACUUGUCGUCGCAGCAAAACAACCACAAUCACACCCAGACUUGUAAUAACUGUAGUAAUACUACUAACACCACUAAUGGUAAUAAUAAUAAGUCCGGAACAAUUGGCCGACUGGGGACAAUAAACAAACUUAGGAACUAUCUUACUGUAAAAACCUAUAACAAACAGUUCAGCGAAAAUCAGGUAGCUUAA